AUAUUCAAGCCUUUCAUAUAGUUUGAAGUGAAAUACAUUUCCUAUUGAAAAGUUAUACGAUUCCUGUAAAAACUCCGGCACCAAGGGCUCCAAAUCAACAAGUAGAGCUGCGAAAAGCCGCCGAACUCUUUGAACGACGAACGGCGAGGGGCAUUUAAUUUUAGUCGCUGCGGCUGUAUUUUUUAGUCGCUGCCACUAACUAAGAGAGCAGUCAGUCGAUGGAUGGCCGAUUGAGCGAGAGCGUGUGAGAAACACCCUGUGAAAGUAUUCUCGACUCGAUUAUUACUAUUUGCCAUUGGCACAUUCGUAUCUGUAUCUCGGAAUGCGAGGCGGCGAAGUCGUAUCUGCGGCCGAAGCGUACCCGAGCCGCUCGCUCCCACACAGGCGGCCCGAGUGCGAGCGGGACGGCUGGCGGGGCGGAAAGAGACGGCGAGCGACGAGCGCUGGGAACGAGCAGCCAACAACCCGAGUGCAACUUCAGAGCAACUUCAGUUCUUGAACGGAUGUCGAAGGUGGCAGAGCUGACGUCGCUGGCUCUCUCUCGCGUGCACCACUACAGCCUGCUCCAGUGGACCUUACAUGAUCUUAAAUCGCUCAUACGCCGCGUUUUCUUUCUUCAUCGCCCCUCUGUGCGCAGGAUAGGGCUGUGUGCGCCUUCAACGAUAAAAUAAAUGCGAACUUACACUCGCUGAUUGUCGCGCGGAAUGAAAACAAUGUACAUAUUGCUGCGAUAUGCGCAUUAAUUUAUCGCCCCUGCCCGAGCGACGAUCGUGAAGUGCUCACAAUUAUUUGCCAUUAAUUCGCAAAAGUGCUAAGAAUUCGCGACGGUGUGUGAACUGCGAAUGCCGCAAAAUCCAAAAGAUACAUACAUGUAUCUCAACAAGUGCGAACAUUGUACGAGUAUAUAUUUGAAUGAAAAAUCCCGCAAGCUAAUCGGGGAUUUUACGGAAACAUAACGCCCUCAUAGCAAACCAAACCAAAAACUUGUCAAUUGUCCAGUGGGCCAUCCAAUUGAUUAAGAACCGACCCGCAUGCGAGGGCCCAAAAAUCAUAAACCACACAAUACAACUCUCACAACUGACAGUGCAAAAAUUAAAAUAAAUCCCCCCCCAAAACAGAAAAAAACAGGGGAGAGGGAAAACCAAAGUGAAGUGAAAUCAAUUUUAAUACAACUGCAAGUACCACCAGCAUAAAGGGGACACGAAGCGUCGUUUCUAUCAAUUGAGAGCUGAUCCCGCAGAUUUGCCUAGUUAAUAGAGUCAAUGACGUGCACUUUGACCAGCGAGGUGGAGUUUCCGUUCUUGAGCACCGAUCACUUUGAAGCGAAGAAAUGCCGCCCUCUGCGUUUUUAGUGAAUGCCAGCAUAAUCAGUGCCGCCAACGCCUUGGACAGCGAUAAGGAGCAGCAGCUCCAGGAGCAUCUGCAGCAGCAGCAGCAGCAGCAGCAUCAGCAUCAGCAUCACUUUACCAGCAGCAGCAGCAGCAACAACAAUUGCCACACGGCGCCCAACUACAACAUGGUCCUGCAGAGCUAUGAGAACUAUCCCAGCUAUCACCUGGCCCAGCAUCAUCAUCACGCCCACCACCACCACAGCCAUCAUCCGCACCACCAGUUGGCCCAGCAGCCGGGGCUGCAUCAUCAUGCGAUGCAGCAGCACCAGCAGCAGGGGCAGCACCUGCACCAGCAGCAGCAGCAGCAUCUCACCCACCAGCAGCAACACCAGCAGCAGCAGCAGCAGCAGCAUCAGCAGUCCUACGGCUCCGCCCAGCUGCCCCACCAUCGUUUGUCCGGCGGUAGCACGGGCAGCACCACCACCACCUCCUCCGGCUCCAGUUCGAGUGGCUCCUCGUCGAGCGGCUCCUCCACGCAGGGAUUCGCCUCCGGGGCAGGCAGCGGCAGCGGCAGCAGCGGCCCCAGCACCACCGCCAACAAUCUGGUGGGGGCCCUGAGCAGCUCCACGGCGGCGUCACUGGGUCUGGGGUACUUCAAUGACAUGGCGCCCUUUGUGGGCGAUGGCAACGCCUACUACACGGACUCGGAUGUCAACUUCUUCAGCUCAGGCUACAACACCAGCAACGCACACGAGCGCAGCAACAACAGCCCGCCCCCGCAGCAGCAGCAAUCGCAGCAGCCGACUGUCAAUGGCAGCAGCAACGCCAGCAGCAACAACAACAGCAGCAACUCCAUGCUGCCGCCCGCUGUCCAGCAAAACAACAAUAGCAACAACAACGGCGAGAGCAACAACACCAGCAGCAGCAGCAACACGAACAGCAGCAGCAACAACAACAAUGCGGGCAGCAAUAACAACAAUAAUAACAAUAACAACAUCAACUAUAUGGCUACCAUGGCGGCGAUCUACCACCAGCUGAAAGAGGAGCCAGGCACCCAGAGCAGCAGCAUUGGCUACGGCGGCAGCAACAGCCAAAACGAUCCCACGGAUCUCAGUAGUUAUGGCAUGCCCGCCCAUCUGGCCGCCUACAGCAGUGGCAGUGGCAGUGGGCCAACGGGAGGCGGUAGUUCCGGGGGCGAUGAAACCGACUACCACAGCACGAUCUCGGCACAGGAUCACCAGAGUCAGCAAUCGAGUGCGGGCAACGGUAGUGGCGGAGGAGGCGGCGGGGCAAGUGGAGGUGGUUCUGGGACAGGCAAUGGCUACAUGGACAGCAGCUCCGAGUUCUAUGCCACGUACGGGGGAAGGAAUCGAUUCCAUGAUGGCUAUCCGCCGGAGUUUACGCCCUACGAUGCCCAAUCCUUCCAGUCGAUGGGCGCCCAGCCCUCGGCCAUGGAUCAGUGGGGCGCCCAUGCCCACCAGCAUCCGGCGGCCUACAUGAGCACCCUGGGUCUGGACAAGGGCCUCCUGGGCGGCUAUACGACGCAGGGCGGCGUGCCGUGCUUCACAGGAUCGGGGCCCAUUCAGCUGUGGCAGUUCCUGCUCGAGCUGCUGCUGGACAAGACGUGCCAGAGCUUCAUCUCCUGGACAGGAGAUGGCUGGGAGUUCAAGCUCACCGAUCCCGAUGAGGUUGCUCGUCGGUGGGGCAUCCGCAAGAACAAGCCCAAGAUGAACUAUGAGAAGCUGAGUCGAGGACUGCGUUACUACUACGACAAGAACAUCAUCCACAAGACGGCUGGCAAACGAUAUGUCUACCGCUUUGUCUGUGAUCUCCAGAAUCUAGUUGGGCACACCCCCGAGGAGCUGGUGGCCAAGUACGAUCUUAAGAUUGAGAAGAAAGAUGUGGACUAGCAGCUGAGCAGCGGAGAAGCUGCCUGAAUCGGGAGUUCAGUUCCAGGAGACCUGCUCCCAGCCACGGAUUGUACUCAACCAACCGCAAAAUACUUUCGAGCGUUAUUGUUUACCAAGCGUGAUGUUAGCUUUUAAGCAGCAGUCCCCCGAUCUGCGAUCUUGCUACGAGAUUAAAGUGUUGGCCCACCCCAAAGUCCCAAUCCCCCCACCCGAAACAACCCAUGAAAACCGAUUUGCUUGUAAUUAUCGUGUAUAAAUUAGACUUUUGAAUUAAUUUGAAAUUAAUUUAAAAUACUUCAGAGUUAGUCGUAAGCCGAUCUAAAGCAGGAGAACCAGUUGAUGAAGUUGGAGCGAAUUAAAUUUGAGAAUUCUGUGUGCAAUGCGUUGAUGUUUCUUCGUUCUCGCAUAGUCUGUUGUGUCGCGGAUCGAACGUUGAUAGAGGCCAUAUAAAGCAUGUGUCCCCCCAAAAAGUGAUAUUAGAGCGCAACAUUUUGUUAUACUUACAUAAUCAUUUUACCCGCACGGGGCACCAGAAACCAGAAACAUUUCAGAAUCAUGCAUGUAUAUAGCGUUGGAGAUGAGUGUAUGAGUGUACGGCAUACCACAUAAGUAGGUCUCUAGUAUUUAUGUAUAACCUGUAACCUGUAAUCUGUAAUCUGUAAUCUGUGCUACUGGUACAACUAAGUUUUCCACUCCCAAGCCUCCCCAUUAUCCUGUACACCCCGUACUCUACUUCUGUGCGCUUCCGUGCGAUCCCAAAAGUUUUAAACGUAAAACGGCACAAUAGUUGAUCAUCAUCCGAUGCAACCGAUGAACUUUUGUUAGCGUCUACUUUAUGUAUACUUAUAGGCUACCCCAUAGCUGUUAGGCCCUCCCUAGUGCGUUAGUCGACCGUUCAAGAAGUGUUUAUUACCUUGUGUAUAGCUAUUAACUACUUAAGACUAGCUCGUAGACGCUUAGCCACGUAUUACACGCAUAAACAUAACGUUAUAUUGAUACAUAGAUACACAUACAUUUGUAGAGCAAUUCUAAAAUAUUGUAUUUAUACAAGCGUACAUCGUAAUAUUAAAGCUACCAUUAACAUUGCUAAUGAUAAAAACAAUAAAAGAAAACCGAUAUGAAAAUA